UAAAGAAUUUCACAACAAAGCGUGCCAUAAUUGACGUAAAGUUUAAAACUAAAAGAAUAAUUGAAAAUUAAAGAUGUCUCUGGUUCGAAACACAAGCAAAUUGCUGUGCUCUCAGCUGAAGCGUGUGCAGAGUGUCCCCGUGGCCCUGUAUCACGAAAAUGUCGUUGAACACUACGAGAAUCCGCGCAAUGUGGGAUCGUUGGACAAGAAGGACACCACUGUCGGCACCGGACUGGUGGGAGCACCCGCCUGCGGCGAUGUUAUGAAACUGCAAAUUAAAGUAGAUGAAAAUGGAAAAAUCGUUGAUGCCAAGUUCAAGACCUUUGGCUGUGGCUCGGCAAUUGCCAGCAGUUCGUUGGCCACCGAAUGGGUCAAGGGCAAGUCCAUUGACGAAGCCGGUCAGCUGAAGAACACAGACAUUGCCAAGGAGCUGCGUCUGCCCCCCGUCAAGCUGCAUUGCUCCAUGCUGGCCGAGGAUGCCAUCAAGGCCGCGCUGGCCGACUACAAGGUCAAGCAGCAGAAGAAGGCAGCCAACUAAAGCGAAUCUGUGAAUGUGGUCGAAACGUAUUCUAUAGGAAACAUACUUACAUAAAGGAACCACUACUAAAACGAUUAUGAGUAAUCUACAAUACAAUAAAAUAUAAUAUAUACUUAGUCUCUAUUGCAUUAGAUCGUAGUUUGUGAGGCUCUGUGAGUGAUUGGUCGAGUGACUGCUGAUAAGUGAAUGAGGACCCACAUGGGUAGUGAUGAUUGAAGUACACCGAUUCUGUUUGAAUGAUUGUCUAGGAGUGUGUUUUUUUAAAGGGAAGAUCUAAUUGUAAUGCUAAAAUUUCUGUUCUGUUUUGCAAAUGUAGACACGCCUUCAUUCGAAGAGAAAUAAACUGUUCCCGUUGGAAUACAAA